AUGCACCUCCCAACCCUCCUCUUGCUGGGCAGCACCCUCGCCUCAGCCCGCCAGCAGUUCGGACCUGGCCCUGAGCAAAUGGGUUACCUGACGCAUAUCGGGCAGGGUAUCAACAACGAUCAGAAUCAGAGCCCAAACGAAGGUCAAAACGAGGGUCAGAAGUACAACCAAAAUGCCAACCAGAACUAUGGUAACUACGAUGGCAACUACAACGAUAACUAUAGCGACAACUACCACGAUGACUACAGCAUUGACUACGACAACAACCCCAGCUCAAACGGGUAUGGCAACAGCCCCGGCUCAGACAGCUACUACAACCAGCCUCAAGCCCAGGACCCAGCUGAAGAUGCCCCUGCUCAAGCUCAGGCACCCAUCGUUCACAGCGCAUCCACGGCACCAUUUUACGUGCCACUGGCUCCGUCUGAUACACCUGUGGCACCCAGCCCCAAACCACAGGUGCACUCGCACUCGCACGUGCAUGCCCCUGUCCAUGCACAGCCUCAGGAUCAGGCCCCGGCUCCUGAUUAUGGCUAUUCGUACUCUAGAACGAGUGUCUCUAAGAACCGGGACCAAACCCUAGAGCAGAACUCAGUCCCAGAAACCCAGACCUCAGCAGGACCAGACACAAACCCCCCAGCAAACGACGUUCCAGCCAGCGAAGUAGCACCCAUGGACCCCAUGCAACCAGGCUCGAACAUCGCUCCCACCACCUUGGACGAUGUCCCAAAACACGGCAAGGAUAUCGGUAAUGCUUUCUGCUCGGGAUACAAGUACCAUACUGUACGAGGAACUUUUGUUACCCGUGCAACCUCCAUGCUCCCCUCCCUCUGGCUGGACAAAGGCUACGAGUAUCAUGUAAAGUGA